UUCAGUAAUGCACACACAGUUUAGGCCACUCCCACUUGCAGGAAGUGAGUGAAAUGUGGAACUGCAACUGAAAGACAGGCUAAAGAUCUUACAUCUGGAGCCCUUAGGUCUCUUGUAGCUCACUCAACCUCCACUGCUGCCAAAACAAGGACUGCUGGGUAAUGGCUGCUCUCAGGGCUCUCGCGCUUGCCAUCUGUCUCCUGUUGGGUCAUCAAACCUUUGCCAAAAACGAUGCUCCCUGCCAGCUCUCCAAAUGGAACAACGGCUUCGACACCUUCGUCAAACGCCACAUUCGUGCUGGUACUCCCACUUCUCUCAACAAGAACGAAUGGGAGAAUUACAUCAGGGAUAACGGGGGCUGUGACAGACCCACCCAGUCCUUUCUCAGUCCAAAAGACCUGGACAGGGUGAAGGAUGUGUGUACGAACAAAGGGGGGAAGAUAUACAAGGAGAACCUGUGCAUCAGCAAGCAGCCUUUCACUUUUGUCACGGUGAGGAGUGUAACGGGGACGUGCGGCAUCAGGAGCGUUCAAAAUGAUACCAAAUAUCUGAUCCUGGCCUGUGAAGUGCUGGGCAAUCAGUGCCUGCCAGUCCAUUUUGAAGGAAACCCUGAUUAUUCAAAGCCAAAUAACAACGCCAGAGACUGCCAGGAUCCUCAAACUGGAGAUCAUGCUCCCAACUUUAAAAUGACGUGGCUCUGGGUGUUAUCUGCUCUUCUUGUUGGCCUUUGUAUUUAUGGCUGUUAAAUAUAUAUUUUUUUUCAUUUGAAAAACUAGAUAAGAUUCAAUUAAGUUUUUAUCAGAGGAUAUUUUGCCCUUUAGAGUCAUCUCCUGAACACAUUUGAACAAAACAUUGACAUUUCAAUUGAAAAGUUUUAGAUUUUCAGGAAUAAAUCUUAAAUCACCAACACAACAAAAAAAAGUAUUUUUGUAAUAGACGUUUCCACUAUUAUAUGCUUUGUGACUGUGUAUCUGUGAGUGUGCUUUAAAUAAUUGUGCAUGCACCUCUAAACGAAAUGAAAUGGCAUGUCCUCAUCUCUCACAGUUGCAGCUUGGGCAUGGAUGGCACAGAAUGCUGAAUUAAUGUAAUGUACUGUGUAUGUAUUUUACAUUAAAAGGGAAU